GGAUGAGCUUAUCUGUCAGUAACAGUGCAUGAAUACGGGUGAAAACUGAAAAAUAAAAUAAUAAAAUGGAGGCUUACUGUUCUGCAGAGUGUGACAGAGCAUCUGAGAUCUCAUUCUCUAUAGAAAAUGAAGCUGGAGAAGAAUCUAUUGAUCCUGCAGAAGCAGAAGAAUUAGCUAACAGCUUAAGAGAUAUUAUUGAAGAUCAGCCCGUGAAACCUAAGCUACAGUGCAUCAUGACAAACCCUUCUUUCUCUAUGGUGACAGUGCAGUGUGAAGACAGUGGCAUUGUCUGGGAGACAAGUUCGAGCAGAUGUUCGACUCCCUGGAGUUCACAAGCUAGCACUACCUCAGAUGUCUUCAGUGUAGAAAGUUCUUCCAUUGGGUCCCCACAUGGGAAGGUGAUACUAAUCAUGGAUGAAGAUAGAAUUAAUCGUAAACGAACACUUAGAUCAUCAGAACGUGCCUCCCUCUCUCCGAGGCUAAAAAGUGGCAUGGGCAAUGGUUUGCAUGAAUCUGCAAGGUCUGCAUUUAGUAAUGUCCAAAGCAGGCCAACAUUCAGCCGUUCUCCUGUUUUGCAAGCAGACAAAAUGAGAAGUGAUCCACCUAUGUUCCCAUCACACUCAAUUGAAUCUCACUCUUUUCUGGAGGAGCCUGUUCCACAUGCUCCUGUUACAGCAAAACCAGUUUCUCCCAGAAUUCCACGAGCAUUUCUGAGAUCAGAAGUAAAACCACUGCCUGAAGAAAAAGAAAAUUUAGAAGAACCAGUUGCACAUGCUCCUAUUACAGCAAAACCAGCUUCUCCUCAAUUUCCAAGAGCAUUUUUGAAGUCAGAAGUAAAGCAAAUGCAACCAUUGCCAAAAAGAAAAGAUAGUACUGAAGAACCAGUUGCAUAUGCCCCUGUUACAGCAAAACCAGCUUCUCCCCAACUCCCACGAGCAUUUUUUAGACCUGAAGUACAACAGAUUCAAACACUACCAGAAGAAAAGGGUGAUGCAAACAAACCAGUUGCACAUGCUCCAGUUUCAGCCCAGCCAGCAUCACCGCAGACGCAAAGGGCAAUACUUGGUCCAGGUGUACAGCAGGUGCAGCCUUCACUAGAAGCUAAAGAAACUAUGGAAGGACUGAUUGCACAUGCUCCUGUUUCAGCAAAACCAGCUUCUCCCCGAACACCAAGGGCAUUCUUUAAAUCAGAUGAAGAACUUCUGCAGCCCUCUGCAGAAACAAAUGACACUGCACAGCUAGUUGCACAUAAUCCAGUUUCAGCUAAACCAGCAUCACCACAAAUACCUCGUGCACUUCUUCAGACAGAAUUACAGCAGAUACAACCUCUUCCUGAAAAGGGCAUUCCAGAAGAAUCUAUGGCACAAAAUCCACUUGAAGCCAAAUCGCUGAUGAAAGAUAGUCAUGUGAAAAGAGGAAGGAAAGGCUCUGGGGGAUUAGUUAAAGCUGCUAUACAGAUGUUUAACACUGACCCAGAUAACCUUGAAGAUACAUUGCCAAAAUAUUCCAAAAAGACUAAAAAGGCUCCAGAUGUGCCACCUGAGUUAAAUCUGGAGCAACAUGAAGGCAAAUCUUGUCUGAUGCAGACUUCUAACCCACAUUUUCAAAGAAGUCCUGAAAACAUUGCUACUGAAAAGGACUACAGUUCAAAUAAUGGUUCUGUAAAGCUGCUUGACAGUACUAACCCAUUUGCUACAGAUACAGCUUCACUGGAUGUAGACACUUGGAAGCAGCAGAAUCCAAUUCAUUCACCUAGAUUAUUAACUUCUGAACACAAUCCUUUUCCACAAGAGUCCAUGCCAAUAUCUGCAGAAAAGCUAGCUGGUCCAGAAAAUAUCUCAUAUUUUCCUGAAAUACCUGUGUCUGCUUCAGACCAGUUCUCAAAUAAUGCCCCUUCAGUAUGCACUGACAUGCUAAAACCAGAACAGAAAAUGCAUUUACAUGACAGGGCAGAGCAGAGUUUGGGACAUUCUCCAAGUUCUUUCCCAGCUGUAAAUAUAGAUGAUUCAGAAAAACAAAUGAUGUCAGUGUGCUCACCUACAGUAGACAGUGUUUUUUCCGAUACUUUUCCAAACAACUUACUAUCUAAGCCUCAUGAAGCAAUUAUACAACAUGGAAGUACAUCUGCAAACGAAACAGCAUUAUUUAAACCAUCUGAGCCGCAAGAAGAUAUUUCUGAAGAAGUUGAAGACCCUGAGGUUCAGAAAAAUGUAUUUAAUAUUAUUUCUGAAGGCUAUGAAAUAUUGAACAUUAUAGUACCACGUCACAUCUAUACUGUUGACCAAGAGGUGACUAGUCAUAUGCAAGAUAAACUAGAAUAUCUGCAAGCAAAUCCAUUGAUUAAAUCAAAAACUGUUACUGAACAGACAGGCAAAAGUGAUGAAGAUGAAAAAGAAGAAACUGUGAACGACAGCGAAGUGAAAAAAGAUGGAGAACAGGAGAAUGAAAAGAAGCCGUCAUCAGAGGAGCAGACGACAAUGCCAACAGAAACUGGCGAAAGUAAAGUUGCCAUAGAUGUAGUUAUAGAUUCUGAAGUAAAUAAUGUUGAAAAGGAAUGUUCUGUCGAUGCUAGCUUGGAUUCUUCAACAAAUGACAAUGAAAUAGAUUAUCUUGAAAAGUAUACUUUGAUGGAUGCAAAUCUACCUCCCGAACUGCAUAUAUUAAAACUGGUGGAUGUUUUACAUGAAGAAAGGCAAACAGCCAAAAGUGUGGAGGAAAAAUAUGAAAUGAUGUCUUCUCUUUCAGACAGUCACAGAGAUGAUGUGUUUGAUGAGGGAUUUGACAUGUUAGAAAAUGGUCUAGAUGGAGCUUUUUAUGGUUUAGCAGAACAGAGUAGUACAUCACUACAGAGUAAAGAAAAUGAAAUGGUAGUGGAUGGUUCUACAGUGAGUGUCACGGAAAUGAAAAAGGAUAAAAAUGUUGCAGACAGUGUACUUAAACCAAGUGGAGUGCCUCUGUUUGACUCUGAGGAAGGAGUAUUAUCACGGUCUCUGCUAAUUCCUGAACCAAAACCAAUUAACCCUGAACUCUUGCAGGAGCCACCUGCUCUAGCCUUUCUGUAUAAGGACCUAUAUGAGCAAGCUGUUGGAGAAAAUAACAAGGAAGAAAGCGAACAUUCUGAUAAUGAAAGUGUCGGAUCUGCUUCAUCUUUUCCUAGCAGACACUCUGACACUGAUGAAGAUUCUGGAAUUUACUUUGAAAAAUAUAACUUAAAAGAUGAAGUGGUGUUACUUUCAGGGAAAAAAGAAAAAGAAUCUAAGUACAGGGAUGAUUCCUACCAUGACAGGUUUGCUGGCUUUGAAGGUAGUGCAUAUUAUUCAGAGUGCACAGUCAAGCAUAUUGAUAUCUUCUGUCGUGAUCCAGACAUUAUGGCUACUGACACCGAAGAGCCGAAAUUUGGUACAGUGAUACCUUUAAUAGAAACUGGGCUUUCAGAAAAGGAGGAGGAGGUUCAACAGGAACAAACUGUUGAGACCAUGACUGUCCAUGAUUUGGGUUCAAUGGCUUUGAAAGGAGACCACUUGUUUUCACAUAAACAUGGAUCUGAAACUAGGUUUUCUGUUUUAUCAGAACCAGAUGAAAUCAUUGCUCAUGUCAUAGAAUGUGAGCCAUCAAAUGAUGCUGUAGAUAUUGAAAAUGACCAUGUAUUGUAUCCAAGUAGAUAUCAAGAAGAGGUAGAUCAGAAUGAGAUAAAUCUUCAAGACAACAUGAGUAAUGAAGCACACAAGGGAGAACAUACAGUUAGUGAGUCUUCAGAAGCAUAUCAAGUGACUGAUGGUUCUAUUUAUGCUGCAUCUCAUGGUGAAGAAGUUUUACAUUCUGAUUUAAGUGACCACCAUCAGUUUUAUGAAGAAGAAGAAGAAGAAGGAGAAACUGCUAAGGACACCACUAUGGGUUAUUCUGUUUUGCAGUUGGAGAAGGACCUAAUAGAAGACAAGAAAGACCUUUCGACAGAUCCUGAUGAAAGUAAACCAUUGGAUGACUCCACUGAUGUAUUCAGCAGUGAGAUAACAGAGGGCAGGAUGUCUAUUAAAGCAAAGGAUGUGCAAAAAGUGGAGCCAAUUGAGGAUUCUACUCUGAAUUUCUUAGAAGAUGUAAUGGAAGUCCCAGGAUAUAAGCAAGAAACUAUUGCCAAGGAGGAAUAUGAUGGAGCUGUCUGUCUGGAUUCCACCGAUGAGGUACAUAUGAAGCAUUUGCUCAUUCAGUCUAAUGAAAUUCCUGAAAUGGAGGAGCCACGUGCAAUAGAAAUCUAUCCAGGCACUGAACAAGAGAUUAAUGAGGUCACUAAAGAACAAGAGAGCAUUGUUCAAGACCAGCUAGAGUCAACAAUGACUGGAUACAUUGCUGAUAAUACAGCAGAUAAUGAAAUGAUACAAGAAAGAGAAAGAGUAUUCAUGCAUCCUGAAGUAUCUGAUGAUUUGCUUGUAAAUGGAGGAAGUGUUUCAGAAAUGCCCAAAACAGUAUGUUCUGAGGAAGUUUUGGAUGAAACGUUACAACUCACAUCUGAAGAUAAUGUUGAACUUGCAUAUUCAGAGUCUGAGGAACCUUUAGAUGUUGCAUCAUGCAAUAAGAAUUUGCAGGCUAUUACUCAUGGCUUUGAAAGCUUUCAUGAAGAGAUAAAACAUGAUGAGUGUGACAAAGAGAUAGCUGAGGCACUAGACUAUGAAAUUGUUUCUGCAGAAGCAUUUGUGCAUGACGAAGAACCAUCUGAUUAUGCAACUGAGGAUUUGGUACUAUAUGAAGACAGAGAGUCAUUAGAGCAUCCUGAAUAUGGUUAUGACUUUGCUGAUGAAUUAGAACAGGAGCUGCCUGUUGAUGAAGAAGAGUCAGGAUUUGAGAUUGUAGAACAUGAGGAGUUAACAUAUAAAUCAGAGACACCACCACUGGAAAAAGAACCAGAAAAAGAACCACAAAAGCCACAAAUUGAUACGUAUUGCAAUGUCUGUAGAUAUCCAAUUUCUGCUAUUGAGAAACUGUUUGGUGACCACAAAGAUCAUGAUGUCACAACAUUGGAUGAUGCUGUGAUACAGAGAAAGAAAGAAUUAGGAGAAGGUGUUUUAAGACUACAGGAGAGAUCUGAAAAGAUUGAAAAAUUUGUGGCAAUGAUAGAAUCUUUAUUUAAUGCUGUGGAGGAGUCAUUUAAGGAGCACCAUCAGAUUGUCGAUAACCAAAAUGAGGAGAUGACGAAAGCCGUACUAGAGAGAUAUACUGAAAUGUCUCAGGCCCUUGAAGAAGUGAAGAAGAUGAAACUAGAGUACCUGUAUGACCAGAUGCUCAACUUUCAACAGAGGAUUGAGACAGCAAAGGAAAUAGCAGCAAAAGCAGUCAAGGACGCAGAGGAGUAUGACGAUGAAAUUGCUUUCUUAAAGUCUUUCAUCGACAUUAAUGACAGCCUUCAGUCUGUACUGGAGACGACACACUCGUUGGAAAUGAUGCCCAGUGCUUUUUCCUUAUUUGAGCAUUAUGCAGAAAGCACAGUAAGAAGUGGGCACAAGGUACUAAAACAUGUGCCGGUUCCACAUACCCCCAAAAUUAUUCCCCAGGAACCAAACUCUGCUACUAGCACUUCUGUGACCGUCUACUGGAAACUGAAUGAAAACGAUGUCAUUGAUUGCUUCCAGGUGUACUGCAUGGAAGAACACCAGGGAGACAAAGAGCGAGGUGGCAUGGUGGAGGAAUAUCGAGUCACAGUGAAAGAGAGUUACUGUUGUUUGGAAGAGUUACAACCAGACAAGAGCUACCUGGUGUGGGUGAUGGCGGUAAACUACACAGGAUGCAGCCUGCCAAGCGAUAAAGUCGUCUUCUGCACUGCUCCCUCAACACCGGUGAUAAAAGCAGAGGAGUGCACUGUAUGCUGGGAUACUGCCACCAUCCGAUGGAAUAUGGCAGAACACUACCACUCAGCUGAGACCUACACAGUUGAGUGCUGUAGGCAGUACUCCUCAGGAAGAGAAGGCCUCAGGUCUAUUUCUGGAAUAAGAACACCAGAACUGAAGAUUAACUUGCAACCAAAUGAAAAUUAUUUCUUCUAUGUGAAAGCAGUCAACCGGUUUGGAAUGAGUGAACCAAGUGAGGCAGCAUUAAUUUCUACUAAAGGUACAAGAUUUCAUCUGCUGAGAGAGCAACUUCACCCAGGUUUAGAAAUUUCUUCAGACGGAACUGUGAUUUGCUUCACCAACACUGAACAGGGUCAUCCCUCGCAAUCAGCUCUGUUACUAGGAGAACUGUUACCAAACCAAGGACGCCAUUACUGGGAGACUACCGUGGAUGGCUGUAAAGCUUACAGACUUGGCAUCUGUUACCCAUCUACAAAAGCAAGCAGUCUCCUAGGACAGAAUAGUACUUCCUGGUGCAUGCAUUCUUACCAGGAUACAAGGUUUAUAUAUGAAUUUUUACACAAUGAUACUAAGGCUGACACAAGGCUGACGGAGCAUCCAGAAAGAGUUGGCAUUCUGCUCGACUGCAUUGCUAAUCGACUGUCAUUCUUCAAUGCACAAAAUGGACAGUUGCUGUUUAAAGUUCAGAACACAUUCACCGAAGCUGCCCAUCCUGCUUUUGUGAUGGAGGAACCUGGUGUCUUGAACUUACAUACUGGCAUUGAAAUGCCAGAUUUUGUCAAGCAAAGUUAACCAGGAAAUGUUAGUGCUUCUGUCUAUUUUUCUGUUUUAAAUUUGUAUUUGUUCCAGGAUAUCAAGUAAUGUAGAAUUUAUUAGAAGUCCAUUCUGGGAUACUGCAACAAUGUACGUGGCUUUUGGGUUUUUAUCAGUCAACAAGCAAAAUGUUCCCAUUUCCGGUAUAGUUCAAAAACUGUUACUUUGGUGUUUUUCUUUAGUUUUCUUUUUUUUCCCCGUCAGAACAAAUUGUUACUGGUCAAUGAAUAGUUACAAACCUUCUUGAAGUAGAAAAUGUUCCAAACAAAGUAUAUUUUUAACGAAAAUUAUUUGUAAAAACCUGUUCUGUAAAGAUCACAUGUUGAUAUUAGUUGUACUUUUGUAAUACACCUGAGAUAUGGAAUUUGCAUAUACAUAAUUUAAUUAGUAAUUGCCGAGUCAUGUCAUUACAUACCUUUUGAAGCCAGCAAUAGUUAAGGGAAAAGGUUAAGAAUGUUUCCCAGUGACUCUUUUUUUUCAGAAGUAAUGGACACCUUUGUGAAAGUAAAUUGUAAGUGAAAGAAAGGUAACUGAAUGUUUAGCACAGCUGCAAGUUUGGUUAAAUUCUGUUCACUGUUUUGAGGAGGAAUAAUAAAUAAAUGAUGGUAAGGCAUGAUGUAUUAUAUGCUUUCCUCUUCUAUGUGUGCUGACAGCAUAGAAGGAAAAGCAACUGAUGGUUCUAGCUAUUUUUCUAAGUCUUCAAAAUUUAACAUGAUGCAUGAAUUUGCAAUCUCCAGAGCAA